AGCUUUCUUUCCUUCCUUUCUGUUAGCUAAAGGUUACUACAUUUUUCUUGGGCUCUGAAGUCUGCCUGGAUUGUGGUAUUUAAUGUGAGGCAGCUGCAGACUGUGCCCCAAAGCAAAUGAGGCUAGAAGAAUUCCCCUUUCUAAAGGCAUCCCACCUGAGUGUCACAAAGAUGUGCAGCUGAAACAAGCCUGACUUCUGUAUAUAAAGGAAUCUGGGCAGGCCGACCCUCGGCUCUUGGGAGAGGAGGUGGAGAGCCUGUAGCCAGCAGGAACUCCUGGUAGCAUUAUGUGGCUGCUGCGGUGCGUCUUGCUGUGUGUUUCAUUAUCUCUUGCUCUGAGUGGCCAGCAUAAGCCUGAGGCACCAGAUUAUUCCAGUGUGCUCCACUGUGGGCCGUGGAGUUUCCAGUUUGCUGUAAACCUCAGCCAGGAGGCAACGUCUCCUCCUGUACUAAUAGCUUGGGACAACCAAGGGCUGCUCCACAAGCUGCAGAAUGACUCUGACUGUGGCACCUGGAUAAGAAAAGGUCCGGGCAGCUCCGUGGUGUUGGAGGCAACCUAUAGCAGCUGCUAUGUCACUGAGUGGAACUCCCACUACAUCAUGCCAGUCGGAGUUGAAGGAGCGGGUGCGGCUGAACACAAGAUGGUUACAGAGAGGAAGCUGCUCAAGUGUCCUAUGGAUCUUCUAGCCCGAGAUGCUCCAGAUACUGACUGGUGUGACUCCAUCCCAGCGCAGGACAGACUGCCAUGUGCACCUUCACCCAUCUCUCGAGGAGACUGUGAGGGGCUAGGCUGUUGUUACAACUCUGAAGAGGUGAAUUCCUGCUACUAUGGAAACACCGUGACCUUGCAUUGUACCCGAGAGGGCCAUUUCUCUAUUGCUGUGUCUCGGAACGUGACCUCGCCACCACUGCUCUUGGAUUCUGUGCGCUUGGCCCUUAGGAAUGACAGUGCAUGUAACCCUGUGAUGGCAACACAAGCUUUUGUUCUGUUCCAGUUUCCAUUUACUUCCUGUGGCACCACAAGACAGAUCACUGCAGACCGAGCAGUAUAUGAAAAUGAACUGGUGGCAACUAGGGAUGUGAAAAAUGGGAGCCGUGGUUCUGUCACUCGUGACAGCAUCUUCAGGCUCCAUGUCAGCUGCAGCUACUCAGUAAGUAGCAACUCUCUCCCAAUCAAUGUCCAGGUUUUUACUCUCCCACCACCCUUUCCUGAGACCCAGCCUGGACCCCUCACUCUGGAACUUCAGAUUGCCAAAGAUAAAAACUAUGGCUCCUACUAUGGUGUUGGUGACUACCCAGUGGUGAAGUUGCUUCGGGAUCCCAUUUACGUGGAGGUCUCCAUCCUUCACAGAACAGACCCCUACCUGGGGCUGCUCCUAUAUCAGUGUUGGGCAACACCCAGCACAGACCCCCUGAGUCAGCCACAGUGGCCCAUCCUGGUAGAGGGCUGCCCCUACAUUGGAGACAACUAUCAGACCCAGCUGAUCCCUGUCCAGAAAGCCUUGGAUCUUCCAUUUCCCUCUCACCACCAGCGCUUCAGCAUCUUCACCUUCAGCUUUGUGGACCCUACAGUGGAGAAACAGGCCCUCAGGGGACCGGUACAUCUGCACUGCAGCGUGUCAGUCUGCCAGCCUGCUGAGACACCAUCCUGUGUGGUAACCUGUCCUGAUCUCAGUCGAAGAAGAAAUUUUGACAACAGUUCUCAGAACACUACUGCUAGUGUUUCUAGCAAAGGCCCCAUGAUUCUACUCCAAGCCACUAAGAACCUUCCAGAAAAGCUCCGUGCUCCUGUAGACUCAAAAGUUCUGUGGGUGGCAGGCCUUUCUGGGACCUUAAUCCUUGGAGCCUUGUUAGUAUCCUACUUGGCUGUCAAGAAACAGAAGAGUUGCCCAGACCAAAUGUGUCAAUAAAACCAGACUGUACUCCCA